AUGAAAAUUACUAAAAUUGAUACUGCUACAAAAUAUGUUGGUAAAUUUGGUAAAAAGGUUAUUGGAGGAGUUGGAGGAGUUGCUUCUGGAAUUACCACAUAUGGUAAGAAGGCUGUUACUAACCCAUUUGGAACAAUUGGAGAUGUGUUAGUAGGGAGUGCAGAACAACGAUCAGAUGUUGAUUAUUUAUUUAAAGAUAAAACUGUAUUAAGUAAAGCAUACGGUUCAUUAAUUAAGAAUCAGAAAAGUGAGUUAACAUAUUCAGAUGUUUUAGUAAUAUCAGCAGAACAAAGGAAUAUAUUUCUUAAUUUUGUAAGUAAAAACAUUAUUUACAGAAGAUUAGAUAUUGAUGAACAAUGGAAAUUAAAUGAAAUUAAAGGAAUUGAAUUUAUUAAAGAAAGUAAUGGAAUGAUUAUUAGUAAUAAACAUAAAACUAAUGGUAAAAAAUUUGUUUUUGCUAGUUCAUUAAAUAGAGCAGAAUUUGCAUAUUGCAUUUUAUCAAAUGCUAAAGCUAAUGAAUUUGAGAUUGAAUUUGAAAUGUCAUUAGAUGAAUUAGUUGAUUAUAUUGAAAAAGAAAAGAAAAGACAAAAAACUGAUGGAAGACUUCAUUUAGUAUCUAAAGAAGAUGAAUUAAUUCUUAAAAAAAUGCUUAAUGAGCAUGGAGAAAAAAUUGAUAUUGAUGAAUUACAAAAGAAAUUAGAAAAACAAAUCAUUAUUGAUGAAGCAACAUUAUAUAAAAAUUAUUUGAAUAGAGAAGAAAUUGGUAAUAAUGUUAAUACAUUAUUUGAUGAAGUACAAAAAGCAUUGGAUGAACUUGAAACAUUUUGUUUAAAAUUAGAUGUUGAUAUUGAAAAUAUUAGACCAGGUGUAGAACUUAUUCAACACAAUAAUAAUAAAUUAGAAAUUGUUCAUUCAAAUCAAACUAAAUUCAUGAAUUGUAUGGAACAAUUUAUUGAUUCAUUAUUAAUUGAUCCAGUUUCAUUAUAUACUGUAAGAAAUUGUCAAGACCAAUUAAAUAAAGCAGUUAAUUUAGAUAAUAUUUGUAAAAGUGCUACUGUUGUUGCUUUAGCUGCUAAUUAUCAACCACCAGAAGAAAUGAAAAAUAUGAUUGCUCUAAAAGAAGAACAAGAUUUUGAUAAACAAGUUCUUAAAGAUUUUGCAGUUGUAUUAUCAUCUACUUUACAAAACAAAUUAAAAGUUGAAAUGGAUUUCCUUAAAUUAAAUAAAGUUGUGGAAUUUGGUAGCUCAUUAUUUGGAAAAGAAAAACAACAAAAAGAAACAUUAGAAGGAGCUCAUGGAAGUUUACAACCAUUUGGUGGAUUAAUUGCUUGGUUAAGAAUGUAUGCUACAGAUGAAUUUUUAAAUGUAAAAAAACAAUAUGUAGAAAAGAUGAGUAAAAUUGCAAAUGAAUAUUUUGAUAUUUUAGUUGACCAACAAAAGAAGAAUAUUCAAGAAAUUUCAGAAGACCAUGAAAGUGCUUUUGAAAUGACUGAGUUUGAUGGUCCUAAACCAGAUAAAAAUGGAGAAACUCAAAUUAUUCCAAAAGAAAUAUUUAAUGAUAGAAAUGAUAAAUUCCCUGAUAAAAGACCAAUGUUUGAUGUUGUUAAAAGUGUUAUUGAAACUAUUGCUGUUAACGUUAUUGCAGAAUUUAAAUUCUUAUUAGAAGUAUUCCAAAUGGAAGAAAAUGGUCCAAAUGGAAUCAACGUAUUAAUUGAUGAUGUAUACAAACAAUCCUUUGAUGCAUUAGAUAAAUUAAUUAAUUAUAUUGAAGAACAUGAUCCAUUUGUAUUAUUACGUAUUAUUUAUUUAUGUAAAACAGCUAAUGUAAACAUUGAUAUUUCAACUCAAGACUACUCAAAAUUAUUAAAAAAGCAAGAAAAAGAACAAAAACAAACAGAAAAAGAACAAGAAGAAUUAGUUCCAUUACAACAACUUAAUAAAAAUGAAAUAAAAAGAGAACAAGGAACUAGAGAAUUAAUUGUUCAAAAAAAUGCUCGUACUGUUUGUUUUGAAUGGUUAGAUCAUUUCUAUGAAGUUUUAAGUAAUAAUGCUAUGAAAAAAUUUAACAAUUUCAUUGAUAAACAAAUUACUCAAAUCACUAACACUGUUAUUAACCCAAAGAAACAUGGAGUUACUGUACAUUUUCUUAGAUUACCAUAUUUCUUUAAUUAUCUUCAAAUUGCAGCAGGAGAAGAAGAAGUAUGGGAAGUACUUAACGAUGUAGUUCAACCAAUAAUAGCAAAAUUAUUAAGAAGUUCUUUUGAUUGGUUAAAAUCUAUAAAAGAUUCUCAAGUAGACCAAAAACCUACAAUCACUUUAAGAUUCCAAAAUUAUUACUUCUUUAAAGAAAAAGUAUCAUUCCGUGUUAUUAGGUGCCUUGAGCCAUUUGUAAAAGAGUCAGAAAAUGAGUAUAUGAUUGCUUUAAAGAAUCUUUGCUUAUUACAUUGCAAUCUUCAUUUCGGUAAAUUUUAUGAUUUCUUUGAUCACAUCGCUCGUCUUAUUCCUUCAAUGAAAAGACCAGAAGAAAUUGCUUAUCAAUCAAGUUAUUCUAAACAAAUGGCAGCUAAAACAUGCAAAUUAAUAGUUACCCCUCAAUUAACACGUUCUAUUGAUUAUAUGUGUAAAAGUAUUAAACACCAUAUUAAAAUGACUGACCAUAGAAUGAAAGCUUGGAAUACUUUAUGCGAUUUCUUAAAAAGUAGAUACAUUGAAGCUGAAAGAAAUUGUGAGUUAGUUUAUAAACAUAAAUUUGAUCUUCCAAGUGAAGACCUUGACAAAAUAUUUAAUGCUGCUCUCAAGAAAACAUUUAAAUUUACUGAAGCAGGUGAAAUGGUUACUGAAAAUGAAGAGUCCAGUAUAUCUGAAACUUUUGAAGGAUAA